AUGGCGCAAUUCAUGGAGGCACUGCCUAAUGUGACCAAGGGACAGGAUGACUUGCGAGUUCUCGUUGAGAACUCCAGAAGGAAUGAGAAUGGAGGACAUCAUGGGCUGUUUGAUGAUGUAUCAAGGCAUAGUGCUGAGGGUGCACAUGAGGAAGUUGAAAGGUAUCGUCUGAUUGAAGAGCGUCUUAGAGCUGUUGAAGGCAAAGGGGUGUUAGGCAUGGAUAUCAAUGACUUGGGGUUGGUUCCUGGCGUGAGGAUUCCACCGAAAUUCAAAGUUCCAUCUUUUGACAAGUACAACGGAGCAACUUGUCCUAUGACUCAUGUUAAGGCGUAUUAUAGGAAGAUGUCAGUAUACUCUGAGGAUGAGGGCUUUCUAAUGCACUUCUUCCAGGAUAGUCUUGCUGGGGCUUCUUUGGAGUGGUAUGUACAACUCGAGCGCACUCAUAUUCAUUCUUGGAGAGAUCUUGUGGAAGCUUUCAUCAAGCACUAUCAGUACAACGUGGACAUGGCGCCGAAUCGAACUCAACUUCAGAGUUUGGUUCAAGGUCCUAAAGAUUCCUUCAAGGAAUAUGCUCAAAAAUGGCGCGAGCUAGCGGCAAGAGUUCAACCACCAAUGACUGAGCGUGAGAUGAUCGACAUGUUCACCAGUACUUUGUCUGGACACUACUACUUGGCUUGUAGUGCUUCCGCCAAUUUUUCUGAAAUGGUGAGAUAUGGCGAGCAUGUUGAGAUGGGCCUCAAAAUGGGGAAAAUUCAGUUAGGAGCUUCUUCUAAUACUUCUAGUGGGAAGAAACAAGCUGAGGGUUAUGCCAGAAGGAAGGAAGGAAAUGCGGAUGCCAUAUAUGGAAGAAGGGGUUCAGGGAGAAACAAUUCACAGGUCUAUGCUGUCAUGAUCCCAGUACCGCAACAACAACAACAACAACAUCAGCAUGGACAGCGUUCCAACAAUGAUCGCUACCCUCCCAGGACUAGGCCUCAUAGAAAGAUUGAUCCGAUUCCCAUGACCUAUGCUCAGGUGUUGCAACAUUUGCUCAAGAUUGAGAAGAUUACUUUGAGAGAUGCUCCGAAUGCUCCAGACACACAAUCUCCGAAUUACAAUGCAAACGCACGAUGUGCUUUCCAUUCAGGCGCUCCUGGCCAUGAUACCGAGAGGUGUAUUGCGUUGAAGAACAAAGUCCAAGACUUGUUGGAUCAAAAGAUAAUCCAGUUCACUCCUACACCAAAUAUUGUCAAUAAUCCGAUGCCUACUCACGGAGGUUCGGGUGUGAAUGCCAUUGAGAGUGAAGAGAUAAGUGUUGUGUCUGAUGUGGGCUGUUUGACCUUUCCUCUUGUGUCUGUGAAGCAACAUCUGGUUAAUAGCGGUAUCUUCCCGGGCUGUGGUGUGGAUUGUGAGAAUUGCAAGAGUCAACUCGAAGGUUGUGCUGAGUUGAAAAGUAUGGUACAAAAGCUUAUUGAUGAGGGUCCUCUUCAAUUUUAUCGAAGGUUGAGAGGCGUGAAAAGUGAGGAUGGUGAAGUGGCUGUGAUCUCAAUUCCUUAUGAGCCAGUUGCUCCAAUAUGUAUCCAAGUGCCUAUUCAGAUACCUGUCAGUAUCCCAUAUGAGGAACAACCAGCGGCGUUGAUGAUUACCGAAGAGGGUGAGCCGUCUAAAGAGAAACUUGUGGAAGCCGCAGUUGCAAACACUGAUAAUUUCGCUGGUACCGGUAGAAUCACUCGCAGUGGCAGGGUGUUCUCCCCUCAGCCAAUACAAAACAAUGCAGAUGCUUUGGCUAAGGCCAAAGGCAAACAAGUGAUGACUGAUGUCCAGAAUUCUCCGACUCAGAAUGAGGCACCUGAUAGUGCUGUGCCUUCCAAGGAUGUGGAAGAGUUGUUGAGAAUCAUCAGAAAGCCUGAUUACAAAGAAAUAUCUGUAAAUCAGUUAGAGGCGGUGGCCAACAAUAUUUCAGCUGGAAAUGGCUUGGGGUUCACCGAUCGUGAUCUUCCUCCUGAAGGGAGAAACCAUAACAAGGCGUUGCAUAUUUCGAUGGAGUGUAAGGGGACGACUUUGUCCCGUGUUUUGGUUGAUACAGGCUCUUCUUUGAAUGUGCUUCCCAAGUCGGCUCUCAUGAGAAUUGACUAUGCUGGUGUUGAAUUGAGGCCUAGUGAGUUGGUGGUGCGUGCCUUUGACGGUUCAAGAAGGUAUCAUGUUUCUGGUGUCUGCGCUUCACAGCUUAAAUUACACCCAUCAAUUAGAAUACUAAAGUUAUCCAUUUCAGGUCCUACCAAAGCUUUAGAUUUCUUGCUGUCAUUUCAUAUGCUUAAUAACAAUGUGGGUUGGUUCAUAUCAGUUAACAUAUUGGCUACAUAUUUGGUAGGCUCGUCUUUAGCAUGGAUCAUUAUCAAAGCAUAA